CCCCUCCAGCCCCCCGCAAUUGAUCAUCGCGCAGUGUUCGCAGUACUCGGUAAUCUGAUGAGACUCUCUGAACUCCAACGGUAGCGCUAUCCUCAUCAGUUAGCUUCACUCACCCAAGCAGCUUGAUACGGUUGCGCGCAACUCUGCAUUAUCUAGCAGCGCACAAGACUGGCAGUCGUAGCGCAAAAGUUAUCUCAAGUCUUCCUCUGGCAUACUCUAGAGCGGUUGGAGUGCGUCUUUAGUGAGUCGCAAGGUUCCAGUGGAGUCUUCUCUCCUCGAUCCUUACACUAUCACAUGGCCCAGGGAAGAAGCAGUGCUAUGGCUGUCUUAGUCAUCGUAGCGGUGCUCGCUUUCUCACAAGCAGUUACGGCUAAGGAUUACAAUGUAGGUGGCACUCUCAAUUGGGACUUCCCACCCGGCACAGAUGUGGGUUACUAUGAUACGUGGUCUUCGCAGCAAAAGUUUGUUGCGGGGGAUAGUCUGACCUUCACUUUCGACCCAAGGGCGCAUGACGUGCAAAUCGUCACCGAGUCGGAGUACACGAACUGCGCAAUGAGCAGCGGCAAGAAAUACACCUCCGGAAAGGAUGCCAUCCCUCUUACCAAACCUGGUAAAUACUAUUUCAUCUGCAGUUUCAUGGGCCACUGCGCAAUGGGAAUGAAGAUGAAAGUUGUAGUGGCGACUGGUUCGUCCACCCCCGUUACUCCUCCUACCAGCCCAGCCACUCCGCCGGUCACUCCGCCAACCGCUUCUACUCCUCCUCCGGCUGUCUCUUCCCCUCCUCCGGCUGUGUCCACUCCUCCCCUGGCUGUUCCUACUCCUCCUCCAGCUGUUCCCACUCCUCCCCCGGCUACAGUUCCUGCUCCAGUUGUGGCUCCAGUCACUCCUCCCGUAAGUGCCCCUGUUCCUCCUCCAGUCACUAGCUCUCCUGCAUCAACUGUGGCUCCUGUACCUGCCCCCGCCAAGGCACCCACGCCCCCAAAAGAGCCCUCUGCAUCACCCAGUCCCGCCUCCAGCACCCCUGAGCCUGCUUCUGCACCAGUGCCAAAUCAGUCUGCUGCCUUCUUAAUCCGUGCGUGCUUGAGCUCUGCUGGAGCUGCGGCCAUUGUCUCAAUCGGCGCUCUCCUGUUUUAGAUUAACUGGACUAUAGUUACAUAUUGAGAAUGGGUGGUGUCACAUUAAUGGGAUCAGACACUGGAGGAGAGAUAUUGUGAGGGGAUGACGGAGGGAAAAUGAUUAUUAACUGAUUUCUCACUCUGAGACAUCUACUAGUAAUCUCCUCUCAUGUCUUUAGAAGUUGUGUCUCGCUCGGCUAGCAGAUCUAUCCACUCUUUAGAGAGAUCUUUUGUGUUCUUAGCUAUUAUUUUUAUAUGUCCCGCUGUACCUUCGGAACUGUUGAACAGUCGAUGUCCCCCAGUUAUCUGUUAAGUAGUCGAUUUACCCCCGUUGUCUAUAAUUGAAUCGAUGUCCAUUGAUAUCGGCAAAACUGCAUUAGUGAUCUCAUUACCCACAAAUCUUAGUACAGUUUAAGCUGCCACAACAUAUUUGUCACUUCACUGUCAUUAUCUAUUACUCAGUGACCUCGAUGCUGGACAGUUGAGACGGAGCAAUACUGGUGCAAUAAAGAGAAAUUGGUUGUUAGUCAAUAA